AUGGAAUAUUCGGAUGAAGCACAAGAAGAAGAAGAAGAAGAAGAAGAAGAAGAAGAAGAAGAAGACUACAUUGUUGAUGCACAUGAUUUUAAUCAUGAUAAGGACGAAUUUACUUUUGAUGAAAAACUACCUCAAUUACUUCAAUAUCUUGAUUGGCAAGAUUGUUCACAAUUGAUCAACAAUAUUGACUCCAUAGAUUUAAAGAGUGAACAAUUUAGAGAAAGAAUUUUAUCGAUGCGAUAUCAAUUGAUCAAAGAAAAUGAUGUACUACGAACAUCUUACAAAGGUUAUUCAUUGCAUAUGUUUCGAAUCAAGGAUUUUCAACGUCUAUCAUGGGACUAUAUCAAACAAAAUAGUAUCUAUACAUUGAUUAAAAAAAUAAAUACAACGAAACCAACCGUGAGUCAACAAUGUUUGAUGAAGAUUGUCGAACAAGUAGAAACGACAUUGGAUGAUUUAUUUUGUUCCGAUGUUAUUACUCAACGACAAUAUGAUCAGAUGCGCGUCAGUCGUUUCGAAGCGGAAUUGCAUUAUUUAAUAUUUGCUUUAGAUAUGAAAACGAAUAAAAAGAAUGAAACAUUCUACUUAGUUCGGCCCAUUAUGAUCUGUAAUAAUGGAGCAACAAUGCGUAUUUCACAUUAUUUAAGUAAUUUACUCUGGUCUAUCUUUCAUCAACAAACAGGUUGUAAGACAUUUACCAAUGGGGCUCAACUUGUUCAAACUUUUGAAUUAUAUUCUAAAAAUCAAUAUCUUCAAUCGACCACUCUUUUCAUUACAUUUAAUAUCCAUGAAAUGUGUACGAAGUUUUCACACGAGGUCAUGAUCAAAGCGCUUGAACAUUUUCUUUUGACUUAUGCUACACAAGAAAAAAUGGAAGGAUUAGCUAUUGAAACUAUUCUACAAUUGGUGCGUCUCGUAUUAGAUAAUCAAUAUUUCAUUUAUCGAAAUAAACUCUAUCAACAAACAAAGGGUAAUGCUUCGGGUUGUCGAUUGACGAUUCCAUUGACUUGCAUUUAUCUAUGUUAUACUCAACCAACAUUGAUGUCUGCUCUUAUUGAUCAAAAUCACAUUGAACUAUUUGGAAAGUUUCAACAUGAUCUCUUUUUUACAUGGAAUAAAUCUGAAGAUCAAGUUCGUUAUUUGUUUGAAAAAUCGAUUACCAUAGAGAAUCAAUAUCGAUCUAUUUCAAUUCAUCCAUCAAUAGGAACAACAUUUCAUUUACUUGAUAUUGAAAUAGGUCAUCACGAUGGCACUCUUCAUACUCGAAUUUUUCAUGAUCCAGUCAUGGAUCAAUAUGAAUUACCAAAUCAAUUUGAAUAUGGAACAUGUCUACCAUCACGAUUAUUACAAGCCAUACUAAUGCAUGCUGUACGAUGUUGUUCUAAUGAAGAUAGUUUUCAUUUUGAACAACGUUAUAUUAAAUUUCUCUAUCUUUUAUAUGGCUUUUCAGUAGAUUUUAUUGAUGAUUCUAUUCAACGAUUUUAUAAGCAAUUUCAUGCAUCAGAAAUUCAUUAUCUGGUCGAUCGAAUUCCCUAUGAAAUUUUACGUCAGCAUGUACUGAUACAUUAUAAACCAUUACUCGUAUUGAAAAAACGAUGGUAUACAGAAAUAGAAAAUAUUCAACCGAUUCCCUAUUCAAAUUAUCAUUCAGAUCCAUCAAUGAUGGACUAUUUUAAGUGUCAUUUAUUCGAUCUUUUAAAAAAAUGUUUUAUUUUUGAGCCAGAAUUCAAUGAAAAUGAAAUUGAAAUGAAACCACACUUAAUGAAGAAUAUUCCUUUGCCAAUGAUGAAAUAUUUCGAGAAGCAAAAACCAUCACGUCAUCUUUUAACUUUACCGAUCGAGGAAAGUGAUCAAUAUGAUAGUAUGUGUAUAGAUCGAUAA